GAAUUGACAGAAAAGUGUCGGAGAGGAAAUUAUCGAGUACUUGUACGUUUACCAUCCCUAAUUUUUGGUGGACGCCAAAUACAUACCAUUAUUUUGUGAAAUUUUGGGAAACAGUUUUUAAAUAUAAAAUAAAGGAAACUAGUCCAAAAGUGAUGUCGCUGCCGAGCAAUUACAAACAAAUUGCUGUCGGCGCAUCAACCGGACCCUCUACUCCCGCGCCAAGUAGUGGCUCUGGCAGCAGCCGCUCCCGUUCUUCUGGCGCCGGCGGUGGUUCAGACCGCAACAAAGACACUACUCCUAUUUUCACUCAUAGUAAUUAUGGUAAUCCAGCAUUCACUCCGCAGAAGGCUGGCAAAUCGGCCAGUUCUAAGACCCAAGCCGAAUCUCGUACACCGAAACCACCCAAGCCUCCAGAGAAACCGGUUCUACCCUACAUGCGCUAUUCGAAACGCAUCUGGGAUAGCGUAAAGGCUCAAUACCCCGAUUUAAAGCUAUGGGAAUUAGGAAAAAAGAUUGGAGCCAUGUGGAAACAACUUACCGAGUCUGAGAAACAGGAAUUCAUUGACGAGUACGAAACUGAUAAAGCAGAGUAUGAAAAAGCUUUAAAGACGUAUCAUAAUUCACCAGCAUACUUGUCCUUCCUGGCUGCUAAGAGUAAAGUAAAGACUGAUUCUGACGUACAUGAUACACCGUCACGUUCCAGUGGCAAAAGCCAGCAAGAAAGACGAAUUGACAUUCAACCAGCAGAAGAUGAAGAUGAUCAAGAUGAAGGAUAUUCGUUCAAACAUGUGGCGUACGCUCGCUAUUUGCGUAAUCAUCGACUUAUCAACGAGAUAUUUUCAGACGCAGUAGUACCGGAUGUCCGAUCUGUUGUAACAACCCAACGCAUGCAGGUACUCAAGCGGCAAGUAAGCUCUUUGACAAUGCAUCAGACUAAGCUUGAGGCUGAGCUUCAACAGAUGGAGGAAAAAUUUGAGGCAAAAAAACAGCGAAUGGUAGAGUCCAGUGAAGCUUUCCAAGAAGAAUUAAAGCGUCACUGCAAACCAGCAGUAGAUGAAGAUACUUUUCAAAAAAUGGUAGUUCGAAUGUAUGAGGAAAUGAAGAAAGAGCGUCAACGUGCAGAUGACCACCCAUUAGGCUCUGCCACGUCCAUUACAGGAGCGGCUUCACCGCAAACACUAAGCACGCGCAGCGAUGAAAAGCCGACUGCUCAAGCUGGGCAAUCAUCUAAUCCGAUGUCUGGUGUCGCGAGCUCAACAGGUAAAAAAGAUGCACCAAUACCAUCUUCCCAAAUUAUAUCCACUCAAAAGGAGACGGUUGAGUCAGGAAGCAAAACCGACCCUGAACCUAUGGAUAUUGAGCCUCCACCUAAGCCUUCUGUUCCGCUACCCCCUAGACCAGAGGCCCCGAAAAUUGCCCCUAAAACCGGAAAUGAACCAAUGAAAGAAGUCACUAACAAACCACAAAUACCGUCUAUUAUAAAACCAGGGCAACAUGGCAAAGUGCCAACUCCAACACCGACUCCUCCACCACCGACAAUUUCUCUAGAACAUUCAGUUCCCAAUCAACAACAAUCGGCUCCAACAGGGGUCCCAAAUCUACCCUCUCAAGUGAGCAUUCCACCGGCCCAAACACCACCGCCCCAAUCUGCAGCCCAACAGAAUCAACAGCCUCCUCAACCACAGACGGGCCAACAACCGCCGCCACAACAACAACAAGUCCCUCCCACUAUGUCAAUGCACCCACAUCACCCACCACCUCCAUCGCACACUCAUUUACCGCCGCAUUUGCCGCCGCAUCAACCUAUGUCGGCUAUACCGCCGCAUAGCAAUUAUGGGAGUUAUGGCGCACCAACAGGCCCGACGCGGUCACCAUACUAUCAACCACAAUAUGGAGCUCAUCCCUCACAACCUUAUAGUCAGUAUGCUCCCUACCCCCACUAUCAACAACCAUAUGGGCCCCCGCCCGGUUCCCAUUACAUGAAUGCGCGUCCGCCACCACAACAUAAUGGAUCGCCGAUCCACUAUCCAGAACAUGGUGCGCCAGGCCAACCACAACAGCCUCAUGAUGUUUACGGUCAGCCAUCACAUCCAGCUUUGGCACAACAGCAGCCUGCAGCUGUUCCUCCUACACCAGCUGGAGUAUCGGGCAAUCAGGGACUGGCAUCGACCGCAGUUGCUGUUAACGCUUCAGAUGGAACCAAAGGCGACAGCGAAAAGAAAGACGGAGUAGCUGAGUAAACAGCGGAGCGCAUUUUAUGAAUAUUACAAUUUCUAUAUUCUCUAAAUAAGUAAACGCUUUUUACUUGGAAAAUCUUAAAGUAUUAGGCAAUAAACUUGCUUAACAAA